AUGGGCCUCUCUAAAAAACCAUCCAAAGCCAUCCUCUGCAUGCACGGCGGCGGGGCUUCCCACGACAUUUUCCGCUUCCAGACCUCGGCCCUGCGCGCCGCCCUAGCCCACGAGUACGACUUCCUCUAUGCUUGCGCACCGCACAUGGCCACGCCCGGGCCUGGCGUACUUCCGUUCUUUGCGGGCAUGGACCCGUUCUACAGCUGGUUCAGGCCCGUCCAUGACGACGCUGCCUCUGAAGUUGCCAUAUUUAAUGAGUCGGUGCACAAGAGCGUCGAGACCUACACGAGUAACAACCCCGGUGUCAGGAUUGCUGGAGUACUGGGCUUCUCCCAGGGCGCGGUGGCAUCGACCAUGCUCCUGUGGCAGCGGCAGGUCGGGCGGGUGACGUGGCUACCCGACGUCAAGUUCGGAGUGCUGCUCUGCCCCGGCUACAGUGCCGUCGCGAAUGGGUACAUGCGGGAUAUUUGCGAGCAGGAAGGACGCGGCGAGGAGGGGGUUGUGGUGCAGUUGCCGACGCUGCAUUUGCAUGGGCGUCAGGAUGUCGAGAAUCUGCCGCAGUCGAGAAGAACGUACGCGACUCAUUACAAAGGCGCCAGGUUGGUGGAGUUUGAUGGCGAGCACGAAGUACCGAGGAAGAUGGGGGAUGUCAGAAAGGUGAUGGACUUUGUGCUGGGGAUCCCUGUGUAG